AUGGCCUAUGAUGUACCCACUCAAGAGUUCUUAACUCGGGACUGUGUCACGGUAGCUGUGGAUGCAGUUGUAUACUACAGAGCAAGGGAUCCGAUCGCUUGUCUCUCGGAGGUGUGCGACGCUCAUUAUUCAACUAGACAAUUAGCACAAGCAACUCUGCGGAACACUAUUGGAACCCGGACUCUGGUUCAAAUAAUGGGCGAUCGAGAUGGAAUUGCUACACAGGUUGAGCGCAUUCUCGAUAGAGCAGAAAGGUUCAUGAAGGAAAAGCUUCCAGCAACGUCUACGUGGGGAAUUCGCGUUGAAAGAGUUGUGAUCAAAGAUAUACGUCUUCCAACAGAACUGUGUCGGGCUAUGGCUGCCGAAGCUGAAGCAGGCAGAGCUGCGGAAGCUAAGCUGAUUUUUGCCAUCGGAGAAUUGAAUGCUUCCAGUGCACUGCGGCAAGCAGCAGAUGAGCUCACUUCAUGUCCUUUAGCCGUACAAUUGAGGUACAUUCAUUCGCUCAUCAAAAUAUCAGCCCAUGACAAUCACACGAUUGUGUUGCCGUUGCCAAUGGAACUUGUUCAAGGCCUUUCAGAAUCACUCAUUCAACAAAAUCAUGAUUCAUGUGACGGGACUCUACAAGACUAA